UUUCCCAACGCACUUCCACGCUGCACUGAACGAGAAACCGCCAGGAUGAAAUUUAAUUUGGCCACUGGCCUGGUGCUCUUGCUUGCGACCACUGACGCUGUCGCAGCUUCGAGCUGGUGGAGCAAAGCUGUCUACAAUAAAUGGCACGAAACUGAGCUUGAACGAUGGCUCUCCGAUCAUGAUAUCCCCUACCCUACCCCUGCCGACCGCCGGGAUCUCGAGAAUCUGGUCAAGUCCAACUGGGAAACCCGCGUGCAGAAGCCCCUGGGUCACGUUGCGGAACAGGCCGGAGAUGGAUUGCACCACGCAAAGGAAUGGAUAUUUGACAGUUGGUCGGAUUCUCAGUUGAAGGCAUUCCUUGAUCGCCACGGCAUUCCGGCACCCCAGCCCCGCAAGCGCGACGUCUUGCUCAAGACCGCCCGCGAGAACUAUGAGUCUGUUGCGAAGAAGGUUGGCGAAACCGCGGCUUACCCCGGCAACUGGCUAUACGAGCAGUGGUCCGAGUCUGAUCUUAAAAGUUGGCUUGACGAGAGGGGAUGGCCUGUCCCUCAGCCCUCGACCCGUGACAAGCUCAUCGCCUCCGUGCGACGUAACUCUCGCCUUGCUAGUCUACAGGCACAGAGCAUCUCUGCAUCCGCGCGGGCGUCUGCCGAGGCCGCUCAAGCAUCCUUGAGCGAAGAGCUGUUCAACGCAUGGUCCGACUCCAAGCUGAAGGAAUUCCUUGAUGAACACAACGUGAAGGUCCCCCAAGGCUCGAAGCGCAAUGAGCUUAUUGCUCUGGCCCGCAAACACCGCGCCUAUCUUGUCGAUCAGGCCUCCAGUGCUUCUUCCGCUGCCUCGGAGGCGUUCGGUGCCGCUACUACCAAGGCUGGAAACCAGUACGCCCGUGCCACGGACGAUGCAAAGCUGAAGUUGGAGGAUGGGUUCGACGCCGCGAUCAAGACGUGGUCAGACUCUCGCCUCAAGGCCUUCCUCGAUGCUCGCGGCGUUCCUGUUCCCCAGCAUGGCAAGCGCGAUGAGCUCCUCGCCAAGGUCCGCGCCAGUGCGCACAAGGCUGCUGGUGGGUGGAACGAGUACAACUUCGAUACCUGGGACAAGGAACAUCUCCUGAAAUACCUCUCUGCCAUGAACUCCAAGGCCGCAAAGAAGGCUGAUGCUUCCCGUGAAGAGUUGAUCAAGCAUGCCAAAGACUCCUACGUCAAGGCUUCUCAGGCUGGCGGCGAACAGUAUGCCUCGGCCACCAAGAACAUCGCCCAGGCGACCGGCUCCACCAAACAAACCACCUUCGACAGCUGGUCCCACUCCGAUCUCAAGAAGUAUCUCGACUCGUACGGCAUCCCCGUCUACCAAGGGUCGAGCAUCAAUGAGCUGCGCGCAGCUGCUCGGCGUCAGGCCACCUACUUCAAGUAUGGCACCAACAACCCACAGGAUACCAUCUACGCCAAAGUCAUGGAGACUUUGUACUGGGCCCUGGACCAGCUCAAGAUUGGAGCUUCCAGCGGCCGCGCACAGGGCCAGGAGGCGGCCGAAAAGGUCCGUGAGAAGGUCUCUGAGCAGACCGAUCGUCUCCGGGGAGAGCUGUAA